CCCGCCCCCGGCGCGGCGCUCCGGGCGCUAUAAGAGGGCGGCGGCCGCGGCGGGCCCUGCGCGGAGCCGGGAGCGCGAUGGUCAGCCGCCGCGGGCGGCAAGAUGCUGGAUGGGCCCCUGCUGGCGCGCUGGCUGGCCGCGGCCUUCGCGCUGACGCUGCUGCUCGCCGCGCUGCGCCCCUCGGCCGCCUACUUCGGGCUGACCGGCAGUGAGCCCCUGACCGUGCUCCCGCUGAGCCCAGAGCCCGCGGCGGCCGCGCAGGCCCACUACAAGGCGUGCGACCGGCUGAAGCUGGAGCGGAAGCAGCGGCGCAUGUGCCGGCGGGACCCGGGCGUGGCGGAGACACUGGUGGAGGCCGUGAGCAUGAGCGCGCUCGAGUGCCAGUACCAGUUCCGCUUCGAGCGCUGGAACUGCAGCCUGGAGGGCCGCUACCGGGCCAACCUGCUCAAGCGAGGCUUCAAGGAGACAGCCUUCCUCUACGCCAUCUCCUCGGCCGGCCUGACGCACGCGCUGGCCAAGGCCUGCAGCGCCGGCCGCAUGGAGCGCUGCACGUGUGACGAGGCGCCUGACCUGGAGAACCGGGAGGCCUGGCAGUGGGGCGGCUGCGGGGACAACCUCAAGUACAGCAGCAAGUUCGUCAAGGAGUUCCUGGGCCGGCGCUCGAGCAAGGACCUGCGCGCCCGGGUGGACUUCCACAACAACCUCGUGGGUGUAAAGGUCAUCAAGGCAGGGGUGGAGACCACGUGCAAGUGUCACGGUGUGUCGGGCUCCUGCACCGUGCGGACCUGCUGGCGGCAGCUGGCGCCCUUCCACGAGGUGGGCAAGCGGCUGAAGCACAAGUACGAGACGGCGCUCAAGGUGGGCAGCACCACCAACGAGGCCACUGGGGAGGCGGGGGCCCUCCCCCCGCCCCGGGGCCGGCCGGCAGGGCCAGGUGGCGGCGACCCGCUGCCCCGCACGCCUGAGCUCGUGCACCUGGACGACUCGCCCAGCUUCUGCCUGGCUGGCCGCUUCUCUCCGGGCACCGCCGGCCGUCGGUGCCACCGCGAGAAGAACUGUGAGAGCAUCUGCUGUGGGCGUGGGUACAACACGCAGAGCCGGGUGGUGACGCGGCCCUGCCAGUGCCAGGUGCGCUGGUGCUGCUACGUGGAGUGCAGACAGUGCACCCAGCGCGAGGAGGUGUACACCUGCAAGGGCUGAGGCUGGGCUCUGCACGGCCCUCACUGUCCCCACAGCGGUCCAGAGCGGCGGCGGUCUGGUCGGCCAUGCCUGCCCUCCUGACACGCCGUGCUCGCCACGCUGCGUCCCGUCUGCGGUGCCAGUUUGGGGACUUACGUCCCACCUGUCCCGUCUCUGGCCUUCCUCUGAGGAGUGGCAGGGGCACUGUCUCAAGUGCCAGCCCCUCCUCCCCCCCCCCCCGCCCCUGUGCCCGCCCACGAGCUGUCCUGCACCAGCUCUGCUGUGGAGUCAAACCACUAGGAGAGCCGCGGCCUGGCCGCUGGACAUCGAGCACUUCUCUUGGGAGUGAGAUCAGUGACUUAAGUUAUUUUAUUUAACUAAUAUAUUUUUAUUAUUUUCCUACCCUCACUAUGUCCGCGCUGCACUCUUGGCCAGUCUGGAAGGGCCUCUCCACUCCCCCCCACACCCCUUCCUGACCUCUUUGCCUUAUCUGCUUUUGUGUUGGUAACCACUAACCCUGGGGGCCUUGCUGUUUCUGAAGAAGUGUCGGCUCUGUUUGGCCGUCUCUCAGGCCGCUGGAGCCGGGUCCCGAGGCGCAGGCCUGACCCCGUGAGGCCGCUGUGUGCCCUGUGGGCCACAUGGCCACACCUGAGCUGCAUGAGGGCUCCAGUUAGGGGUGGGCAGCAGAAGCUGACCUGUGUCACGCAUGUCCCCCAUCCCCCUGCCAUGGACAUGAGCAAAGGGGCAGUGGUCACCCUGAGGGCGGGGGGCACUUCAUGUUGUGAGGAAGCCACAGCUGGCUUUGUCACAGCAGCAUGGGGACAGAUAUGCCGGCAGCCGGCAGCCGGAGGCCGUUCUCAGCUCUGCUGACCCUGACCUGGUCUGCUGUGUGUCUGUGUCCAUGAUGUGUGUGCACGUGUGUCUGGGGUCUGUGCACAAGCCUGUGCACAUGUGUGCCGUGUCGAUCUGGGCAGUGGCCAGCUGGAGUAGCCUCACUCAGGCCCUUCCUGGCAUGGGCACACAGCUGGGCAGCAGCAUGGAUGCGGGAACUACUGAGCAAACGGGGUUCUUGGGGCUGGUGCUCCGGGAACCACGGAGAUUGUAUGUUUAGAAGAAAGCCUUUUUGUAUGGGCAUGGUGGCUUGGCCCUCCCCCUGUCUGUAAAUAGCAAAGUCUGUUCUCCUGUGGCUCCCAGUGGCCCCUGCUGGGCGGGCUCCUGCGGCAGGUGAGGAGGUCUCUCUCCAGCCUGCUGAAGCGGGCUGGGCAGCCGGCGCCGCUCCCACCACCUGGGCCGCUCCCGUGACAAGACCGUAGCUCGGUCACUAUUGGGUCUGAGGCGGCGGGGCAGGAAGGCUAUUUUUUAAAUCAUGUUAAGCUCUAUGUCAUAAAUAUUAAGAAGCAUAUUUUUUUAAACAAGGCGGACUGCACGUGUCUGCUGGUAGGUCUGUACCCAUAUAAAUCUACGUCAGAGCAUCUGGCUAAGCCAAGAAGCGACCCCGCUGUUGGGGCCACCCCCAUGGUCUCCCCACCCUCCCCUGGGGUCGAGGACCUCUCCAAAGAAGGUCUUCUGUGAGCACAGGGCCCUGCUCUGCAUCUGCGGGGGCCGCCAUGGGCCGCAAGGCCAUGCUGAGGGCCAGGCGGGGCCAGGCGCCUGCUCCCUGCCCAGGCACGUGGACAUGGCUCUGCCGUGGCCAGGCGGGGCUGGCAGGAGAGGGGGGCAUUGUCCCGAGACUCGCCCUGCGUUGGGGUCCCUGGGAGCCCAUUGGUUUCUCUACCUCAUCUGUACAGCGAGUAGGUAACUCGAGCGACUUGGAGAAUGUAUUUAUUUAAUGGCUUGGUGUAACAGAACCAGAAACAAAUGGAAACACAGAAUAAAUGUAUUUUAA